GAGUCGCGGGCUGACACUCGGCGACGACGUUCGCAUCGCAACGACGCGAACGACAGGUUUCGCUCGACACUCGCGCGGCGUAGCACGCGAAACCCCCACGGCGGCGGGUUUAGGGAUAGUAAGGGAGCGCUAAGCCCUCGGCGGUUGGCGACAAAAACCUCGCGUGCGCGUGCGUGAGAAGAGGCGAGGCCGGAGCGGUACCCCCCACGAAGGCUAGCGGGGAGUUCGGGAUACACACGGGAUAGGAAACGAAACAUGGCGACCCUGGAGAACGUGAACGGGCUGAACCCCCAGCAGGUUCCCGCGCUGGUCAUGCGGUCCGUGGAGAACGCGCGAUCCGCGCUGGACGACGGCGACUUCGAGCGGGCCAUCAAGAUGAUGAACAGCACCGACCAGCUGUGCUCCAAAGUCGUCGCCCCGCCGACGGUGCACGGCCUCGCGAUGCGCGUGCUGUCCGACGCUUACGUGAAGAAAGGCGAGCUGGAGUCGGCGAAGGCGGCGCUGGAGAAGGGCCUGGCGCUGUGCAAGCCUCACGACGGCCGAGCGGGCAUGCCCCCGUUCAUGAGAGCCGACCUCAACGGGCGGAUGGGCGACUUGCUCAUGGCGCUCGGAGAGAUUCAUCGAACGGAGGGUGACGCGAAGGGGGCGUGCCGGCGGAUGCGGCAGGCGAUCGAGAGGUUCCACGUGCUGGGCCAGAACGAGUUCGUCGCGGCGACGCACAAUCGCAUCGCGCUCACCCUGAUCGAGCAGGGCAAGCACAAGCUGGCGAUGGACGAGAUCACGGAAGCCGAGAAGAUGGGCGCCGGCAACGAGCACGAGGCUGCCAUCCUGAGCACCACCUUCUCUUACAAGGGCAAGUGCCUGGAGGCUGGCGGGGACGUGACGGGCGCGAGGGAGGCUUUCACGAAGGCGCUGAGCUACGGCAUGGCGUGUGGGAACGAGGGCGUGGUGCAGGAGGCCGAGGCUUUCCUCGGCCAGACGCAGGACCAGAGCACGGUCGACCAAGAUGCGUUCCUCUAGGGGUGGGCUCGCCAUCUUUCGGCGGCGCGCGCACAGCCCCUCGCCUCGUGCUCAUAACACCACCACACGUUAUUAAAACCGAUUAGCCGCAAUGUCAAUGCAUCAGAGUUGUUCAUCGAU